AUGAUUCCUACAGAUGAUACUUGGCAAUCGUAUCCUUUAAUCAAACAAUCUAAAGUACGGAAAUUAUCUACAUAUACAUCAUCAACAUGUAGUAGUGGAAGUUCAACGAAUAAUUCACCAAAGAAUAGUAAACAGAAAAAAUAUGAUUAUUAUCAUCGUCAUUAUCCUCAUAAUGCCGGUGAUACAGAUGAUGGUUAUGCAAGUUUUACUACAACUAGUACGAUAUUAGGUGGUAGUAAUAAUAGUUCAACAUUAAAUAAAGAUGAUAGUGCCUAUUAUACAUCUGGUUCAGAACAGUUAAUAACUAAACCAGUAUCAUCAUUGACAAUAGCUGUUGAAAGUGAUUCGGAUAAAUCGGAAUUAUUUGAUGAAGAUGAUGAAUUGGAAGAUUUAAUUGAUUGGUCUUCGUUAAAUAAACAAGUACAAGCACUUGUUUCUCGUUUUGAUAAAUGGCUUCAUAAUCCAUUGCCUGAUCGUUGCAUACCUAUUAAAAAGACUUAUGUUGAACAUGCAUAUCCAGUUUUACAACGACGAACAUCUUCAAUACCAUUAUCAAUUAAUUUAGCUACUGAUGAUAAGAAUGAAAUGCCUGAUCAAACAAAUUAUGCUGUUAGUUUUGUACAAAAUAAUGAAAUAUCUAAACAAAAAUCUAAUACAUUAUUGAAAAAUCCUCGACCUCGUGUACAUUUUAAUCUUGAAACUGAACAACUUCAACAUUGUACAACUUGUUCAAGACUUAUACAAUUAACAUCUUCAACAAAUAAACAACGUUCAGCAAUUUCAUGUUCCUAUUGUGAACAAAUCUAUUGUAGUAAAGCAUGUCAAAAAUCUGAUUGGCCAAUACAUAAACGUCAAUGUAUUCUAGCAAAUUCUUAUUCAUGUUGUGGUCAUAUAUUACAUUUAAUGAAAAGUAAUAUUCAUUUAUUAAAACGUUUAAGUACAUUAGCAUCAAGUGGAUAUUUAUCAUCUGGACGUGGUGCUACAUUACUUUAUUUUGAUAAUAUGAAAGAAGCUGAUGAUUAUGUACAUUCAAAUACAAUUGAAAAUACACGUUUAAUUGCUAUUUAUUGGUCAUUAAAUGAUAGUAAAACAGAUCGUGCUAUAGAAAAUCUUCGUUUAACAGAAUAUAAUCAUUUAAAAGAACUUUGUAUGAAUUAUGAUCCAAGUAAAGAAUUUGUUUGUCAUGUUACUAUACGUGUUGAUGCAGAUAAAAAUAUUCAACCUAAUACAUAUGUUAGUCGAUCAAUUGUUCAUAAAUUACCCGAAAUUUCACCAUCAAAUAUAUAUUCGUCGAAUACAUAUCCAACUUUAUAUUUAACAUCAUUGAAUUAUGAUGAUGCUAUUAAUGAUGAUCAUCAUAUGCGUCAAGUAUUUUUUGCUAAAUUACAAGUUGAAUUACGUCAACGUGGAAUCGAAAUUGAACAACAUUAUCCUGAAUUGUAUAAUAAAUUAUGUGAUUAUAUAUCAGCAAAAUCUGAUCAUGAAACAUUUGUACCAUUUACACCUAUAUGUUUAUUUAUGAGACAUCGUCAUUCUCAACAAUUAUUUAUGUGUGUUAUAACACCUGAAUCAGAACCAGAUCGAUCAUGGUUACUUGAUCGAUGUUUAAUUGAAAAACAAUUAACUAAUUAUGAUAGUUGA